AUGUACCCACGAGUCUAUCCUCUACAAGACAUGUUUCUUGGUACAGCGGCGCCUCAUGUAAAAAACCGAACCGACAAUCGACUAGUCUUUCCAGCAGGACCUGGGAGUCAGACCCAAGCCAUUUGCAAGUGGAUCAGCAGCAACCUGCACGAGCAUUUCCCCCACAUUAUGCAAGAAUUGUUGCGAUGUUUUUCUUGGUGGCAGGCCAACCAACAACAGACUCCCGUGUUGGUGUUGGAUGAUAAGGAAUUAAAGCAGGAAUACGCCAGAGAUUUUGUGGGCGUUUUGGAAAAGUCAUUUGGAGUGCAGGUGGUUAAAAACAGACUCUUUUUGCCAAACAAGACAGAUUCCAAUUUUGUAUACACGGACGUCAAUAUUUACUCACAACCACCCCACCUGGUGGAGAGGGCGUGGUUUCAAAUACACAAUCUACAGGAUGCAGCACUGCUGCGCAAGGAGACUCUCAAGCUUGCAAAAGAAAACAAGGAACGCGACGACAGGAACCUAGCAGAAGCAACCACCAACGAAUUAUUGGGGGGAUGCCCGGGAGAGGGUGGUCCACUAUCGGCAUCCAAGAAACAGCCAGUGAUUGCAUUCUUGAACCGAAAUGGUGAUCGCCACGUGGAGAAUAUUGGAGACAUUCUAGAGGCACUCAAGAAGACCAAAGUACUUGGUCACACCUUGGGUAUCCUGGACAUUCAUUACAUCUCCUCCUUUGAUCAAUUAUCCUUUUGGGAACAGGUGGAUGUCAUGUCCAAAGUAGAUAUUGUCAUCGGACCUCAUGGUGCUCAAUUCACCAGUGUUGCCUUUCUACCAGCCUGUGGUGGUUUGUUUGAGCUGUUUCCCAAGGGAUACUACUAUCCCAAUUAUUUUGGGAGCUUGGCUAGGACAACAGGGCACUACCACUUUCAUUUGUAUACAGGAGGCAUGAACAUUGAUGCAGAGCUGAAUCAAGACAUGAUGACUCUGGAGGGGCGGAUGGAAGCCAGGAGUCGCCAUGUGAUAGCCAAUGUGGACUUGGUGCUUCAGGGAGUACAACAAUUAGCGGAAAGGUGGCAAAGUUGUUGUGAACGACGGCUUCAGGGAGGCACAGUCGAGAGCCUUUUCUGA